GGUUCUCACUUAUUGCAGGGUUACUUGGCAUACGGUAGCUCUACGUUGUUAUGGCAGCUUUGAAAAUGGUUGAGCGUUUUUCGUGGCAUUGACACGGCUCCAGCGCUAACGAUUUUUCAUGUCCGGUUGGUUUCCAGCCCCGGCGGGUUUUUAGCUCUGCUGGGUUUCCGUUGCCCCAACGGGAAUUUUGAUUUCCUGUAACUGUGAGACAACGACAAGUCGGAUGGCUUUGGCAGUUCCCUUUCUAAACGAAAGACACCACGUUAGAUUCUUCUUCCUCGCCUGCUUUGCUGUGUGUUGCUUGGGUGUCCAAGGAAUUUCCUUUUCUUAUGACAACAUUGUAAAAAAGGCACGUUGUACCGCAAACUGCUACACUCAGUACGCGGUUCCUAAUGAUACAGACAAAAUUUGUGAAAGCACAUCUUGCACCAAGUGUUUGAGACCAUGCAAGUUUGUAUUUCUGGAACGCUCCGAAUCACAAUGCCUACAAAAUUGUAGAAAUUCAAGCAGCUGUGAGUCGAGCUGUAUAUUUUUGGAGCAGUUAAACAGCUUCGCCUCGAUACAAAUUGGUGACGGAUCUAAGAUUCCCACGCCGAGCAUACCAAGAGUAACAAAUAAGAGCCUCACUUCUUUAUCACUACAAUGGGAUCCUGUGCAAAAUGCCAGUGGUACUCCUGUGUACUUGAUUACAAUGGACAGAGAAGGCGAUGAUGUUUCAACGCGUAACUUUAUCAAUGUGUUCACAAGCCCUCACGCCACUCUUCGUACCGCAGUAGAGUUGUGUGGUGGACUCCGCGCAAUUUCUCGCCAAACGUUUCAAGGGAUUUUCUUCAAAUUGAAGGUUGCGGUCGUUACAGAAAAUUCAUCAAUCAGUAACGGAGAAAAGACGAAUACCAUAUCCCUACCACAGCCUGCUCCAAUCAGCGACCUGGCAUUGAUAAGCCUUGUCUAUGACGGUGACCAAUAUCAAAGCAACAGAAUAAAACUGAUGGCCAAUUGGACUCAGUCAAAGCAACAAGAACUAAUUUCCGACCACCUCAUGGUGUGGGAAUACGAAUGCUUUUUGGAAAAUGGCGUUAAACGGAGAUGGGACAAUACGAAGUCGGCUGACCCUAUUGGAACCGUGGCUCGCAAUGAUGAGUUAAAGAAAUGCCAUAAUACUUUGAAGGUCUAUGCAAUGUCACAAUGCAUACAGAGCAAUGCAACAAGUAUAACUUUUGAGUACCCCGGUUGUGCGAAUAUCACCGGUUAUCGCACAGACCUAUGCAACAAAUUCGAUCCUCCCGGAUCACCAGAAAAGGAUAGAAAAGUUCGAAACCUAAGCUCCAGUCUGAUUGCUAUUGAAGACGGCUUCAGAUUCACUGCGAAGUUGACAUGGCUUCCUCCUCUGUAUCCCCACAAGACAGUAGAGUACUACUUUAUCUUCGGAUAUGGUGCCACUACUGAAACUUCAUUUUCAAUCAAGUCACUACCACAUGCUCAAAGUUUUAACAUAACGGUUUGGACUAUUUUUAAGGAUGAUGCCCCACCAAGUGCUGAUAACACUAUCUUAAUAUCUACUCCAGGCCCUGAUCCGUCCCACAUUAAAGUGCAAACCUUGGUCUUCGAAAGUUUCGUCUUGCUACCUCAGACUGGUCAGUUCCGUUUAAAUGUUUCCUGGAAAAAGCCUCUCUUCAAUUACAGCCAAGUUUUAUGUUACACUGUCUCAUCUAAAAUAGACGACGGAGACCAAAAUGUAUCGCAAACGAACAGGACCUAUUUAAUCACUCACGGCAUCUCUUACGGAGAGCCAGUAACAGUAAGUGUUACACCACAUUUUAUCAACGGGAUUGAAGGAAAAAGCACCACUGAGACUUUUAGUGCACCUGUGCCUCCUGAUGGCGAACUCAUGGUACAGAAUCUCAAUACUGUGGGAAAGUUUGUCGAACGUGAACAGAGUAACACGUUUGCCGUGAACAUCUCGUGGGAGCCACCAUCUUUCAAAUACAGGCACGUUUCUUAUUACAACGUGUCAUGCCAUUUCCAUGGUUAUCCACGGGAUGAGUUUCGAAGUUAUACGAAAACCAACUUGCAAAGAACAACAUUUAGAGUAGCGGGAAUACUGCCACAGCAACGCGUCAACACCGAGAUAAUCCCCUUUUACAAUGACAAAUACAUCACAGGAAAAAGUAAGAGAAUAGAGGACACUGCACCUGGACCAAGAACAGAUCUGGUGAAAGUUAUUGGACUGAGACAUAAUGAACUGAUGCCCAGCUCUGAUGAAUCAUUCCGCAUGACGGUGUUUUGGCAGAAACCGCUGUUUAACCACAGUGUAGUUCAAUAUUACAGAUACAGGAUAAGUAAUACCUCAUCGGAAACAGUUGGGAAGAAAAAGAGGAGAGCUAUCGACCUCAACACCGACCUUACCACGGAAUCUAAUAACGUCACAAUCGACGGAAUCCAGAUGGAUGAAAAAUUGGAAUUUAAGGUUAUUCCAGUUUUUGAAGUGUCAACUAUCAUGGGACAAGAAGACAGGAUAUUGAUUACUUCUUUAUCUAGGCCUGUUCCUCAUCACGUCCCAAUGGCACCAGGUGAAAUAAUUGCACUAGUCAUCGGCUCGUUGCUGUUAAUUUUGAUCGCACUUUCUCUAAUCAUCUGGUGUCACAAAGAGAGACAAAGGCGUCGAAAGGCUGAAGGACUCAUCCCGGGUAAAGUCGGUUUGAUGAUUGAUCAGUGGGAGGUUGAUCCGGACCGUGUGAAUCUGGAAGAGGAGAUUGAUGAGGGAGCCUUUGGGAAAGUGUUCAAAGGAAUUCUCAAAGGACCAUGUACACCAUCACUGAAUUCCACUUUUAAAGCCUCGCGGACCAUAAAAGGAGAUAAUUUGUGCACAGUCGCAGUGAAAAUGCUCCACGACAUGGGUGACAGCGACCAAAGAAGAGAUUUUCUGGAUGAAAUUCAACUCAUGAAGGACGUGGGAUCACACAGGAAUAUCGUCAACAUGGUGGGAUGCUGUACUAUGCAGGAACCUAUGUUUUUACUUCUUGAAUAUGUCCCGUGCGGAAGCCUCCUGAAAUAUCUCAGAAAACACCGAGGGAAGAUGAAAGAGAACAUUGGAGAGACCCCCCGUGGACCAUAUCACUCCACCUACUGUGAGACAUACACUACAAAUGCAGGGAUAUCUAUCAAGGCAACUAAAAGUGACCGCAUCUACGUCAAUGCUCCCGGGCGGCAACAAGAACAAACUGAAAACAUCCAACUUGUAAGUUUCAGUUCUCAAGAUCCAGAAAACAAAAAUGGUGAGGAAAAUAGGGGAAUGAAUAAAGACGAAAGAGACGAAGAGCACAAUGAAGAUGAAGAAUCCUUAACUCCUGGAGAUUUGAUGGCGUUUGCUUGGCAAAUAAGCCAAGCAAUGGAAUACCUUGCAAAGAAAGGAUUUAUCCACCGCGACUUGGCAGCGCGUAACGUUCUUGUCGGGGAGAAUAAAAGUGCCAAGGUGGCCGACUUUGGUCUAACACGACAUGUCUAUGAAGAGAGGGUCUAUCAGGGAAAAACAAAUAGAAAGCUUCCUCUGAAAUGGAUGUCAAUCGAAGCUAUUUUUGAUCAAACAUUCACGACCCAUAGCGAUGUAUGGUCUUUUGGAGUUGUUCUUUGGGAAUUGGUAACACUUGGUGGAACACCAUACCCGACUAUUGACAACAAAGAACUUCUUCGCACGUUGAAGGAUGGAUACAGAAUGGAACAACCUGAUACCUGUGACAAUGAAUUAUAUGAGGUAAUGAUGGAUUGCUGGAGGGAAAACCCCGACCAACGUCCAGGCUUCACGCAGUUGAGAAAUAGAUUUGAGAGUAUGAUGCAAAAGGACAACCCUUAUAUGGAUUUCAGUGCCGUGGAUGAAACAAGCGCAUAUUACAGCGUACCUUCAUUUAACAGUAUCAUGGAUGAGUCUCCCGAUGAGGAUAAUGGUUCUGAUAGCAUCGUAAAGGAGAGGCGUCAGUCCUCCACGGACUCUGUGGAGCUGACUGAUCAUCAAAAUGUGGAACCGUUAAGCGGGGACGUCAAAGAGAUCUCGGAACAAAAAGGAAGUCAAAACAACAUCACACAAGAUGGAGAACAAGAUCAUUUCUCCGAGAUCAAGAUUCCUAAUGACGUUAAAACUGAUACAGAGAUCAAUCUUGAUGAGCUCCAAAUGAGUUUCUACAGGCCAGCGAAAAGGAUAACUGCCUUCUAGCGCUGUGAAAAUCAUCUGCUGCAAUCGAAAAAUCCGAAAAUUUUUACCAAUGCUAUUCUUUAGAGACCCAGGGAUAAAAAUAUCAGGCGCAUUUUAAGCUUAUUAGAUCAUAUAUCUAAUGGAUUUUACCCUAUAGAAAUAAUGAAAUAAUUAAAAUUAUUAUUAUUAGAACAACGUUUUGAUCCGAUCUCUCGGCUUUCGGCAAAAUCAAUCGGAUACGAGAGCUUGCUCGACGGAUAAUGCAAGUAAUUGUCGCAAGAUAAAUAGCAUUUUGGCCGAUGUUUUCUUUUUCUCGUGCCUGACUAUUUAUCCCUAACCCUAUAAGGAUGUGUUGCAGUAAGAAAACCCCUUUAACACAACAAAAUGUAAAUUUAACAGCUUAGUAAUGAUAGUUAACUUGAUAAAGUUAACUACACUAAGGAAGCAUUAAUUUUCCAUCUUCUAGCAAGGAUUCUGAAAUUGCAUGCAUCUUUUAUUAAAAUAUAGACUAGAAAGUUUCUUUAAAAGCUAUAGUUCCAGGCAAACAGCACUGAAUCAACUGCAUGACUAUAACUGUCGGUUUUUGUAGUGGUGUAAUGAAAAAAAAUUUGUCAAGGAUAGUUUAAAGGUAUUUAAUGUAUUUACUUAUCUAUUUGUAUUAUUUAGUUUCGAUAGAAACGGAGAAAGUUAUUGCACCUUGACACUUUCAUUCGAUGAAACUGAUUGAAAAUUGAUGAAAACAGCUACUUUUAAAGAGGUUCCAAAUGUAAGAGUUGUAUUUGCAUAAAGUACCUUGUCAUA